AUGUCAAAUUCAAAAUCAUUAGUAUUAUUACAAUCAUUAACAUGUGGUAUAUGUUCAAAUUUAUUUAAAGACCCAAAUACAUUGGUUCCAUGUGGUCAUACAUUUUGUUUAGAGUGUUUAAAGAAAAGUUCAAAUAGCGUUAAAUGUAUUCAAUGUAAAACAGACUAUCAAAAUUAUAUACCAAACUUUCCAUUAAAGCAAAUGAUUGAAUGUUUAGAUCAAAGUAAUAAUAAUAAUAAUAAUAGCAAUAAUAAUAGUAAUAAUAAUAAUAAUAACAAUUCAUCAUCAGAUUUAAAUUCAUCAGUUGGUUCAAAUUCAAAUAGUAAUCAUGGUUUAAUUAGUUUUAUUGAAGGUUUAACUGAAAGUGGUAAUCGUCGUCUUAGCGGAUUUAAUGAAAAUGGUCUUAAAUUUUCAACUGGUGGUGAUAGUGGUAAUAUUAGAUACUGUGUAGAUCAUUAUGAAGAGUAUUAUUCAUUUUGUGAAGAUUGCCAACAGCCAGUUUGUCCACGUUGUUUAUUAACUUCACAUAAUAGACAUGGUAUGAUUCCAUUAACCAAAGAGUCAAUAUCCACCAAAAUAAAAGAGUAUAAACUGAUCUCUGAACAAUUAAAGAACAAGAUGAGUCUUUACAAAGAUAAUAUAUCCUUAUAUCAAAAAGAAAUUCAAUUAUUAGACAGUUCAUUCGUUCAAUGUAAACAAGCUAUACAAAUGAUGAUUUCAAAUCUACACAAAUCUUUAAAAACACGUGAAACUUAUUUAUUAAAGGAAAUUGGUCAAAUGCACUACAACAGUCACUUUGAGCUAUCAGAGCGUUCAAAUCUUUUAGAGAAUGAAAUUGGUGAAAUGGAAAAACUAACAUCACAAAACUCACGUUUCAACGAUGCUACAGAAAUUUUCAAUAAUCAAAAUUUAAAGUUUGAAUUUUUAGAACAGUUCCACAUCAGUCGUACUCAAUCGAAAAAGAAUAUGGCAACAGAUCUCAAACCGUUAUAUAAAACCGACCUUUUAUUUUAUAAAGCAAAUAAUGACCGUGUUACAGAGAUAAUUUCAAAUACGCUAGGUAACAUCUCUGUAUUGUCAUUUUUAAUCGAUGAUGCAGACAAUGUUAAUAUUUGGGAUGAACCAAAAGAAAAUAUUUUCUUGGAGCGUGUUCGUAUCAACUCUAACGGUAUUGAAGAAUUCGAAGUAAAAUAUGGAACUUUAAACAAAUUGAUCGAACGUCUUACUCUUCCAGGUGUAUAUGAUGAAAACUAUGUUAAUAUUUUUUUGUUAACUUAUCAUAGUUUCUGCACUUCUAAAAAGCUUUUAAAGAAAUUAAUCGAGCGUUUUACAAUACCUGAAGACUUUGAAGAGUAUGGAAUAAGCCAAAUUCAAAUCCACGAAAUUCAUAUGAAGAUUAGAAGUGUGAUUAUAAAAUGGAUCACCGAGUAUGCUCCAGUUUUUGAUCAAGAUACAAUUAAUCUUUUCCAAAACUUCAAUGGUAGAAUGCAAUCAGAAUAUACAUCAAUUAUCGAAAUUGAAAACUUAACAAACUAUUAUGAAUCAGCCUCUGUAAAUAAUUCACAAUCAUCAUCAUCUGCACCAAUCAUUACAUCAUUACAAAACCCACCUACAAUACAUUUUAAUAAUAUAAAUAAUAAUAACAAUACAAGCAAUAAUAAUAAUAGUUUAUUUAAUAGUAAUAAUAACAAUUGUAAAAUACCAAUAACCAAUGGUGGAUCAUCACCAAAUUCACCAGUUUUGAAUAUGAAUUCAUUAUCUUUAAUUAAUCAUUCAGAUAAUUUUGGAGAGUCACCAUUAUCAUCACCAAGAGGAGGUUUCCCAAGUAAUUCACCACGUUUAUCUUUUGGAUCAAGUACUGGUAAAUAUGGUUCAAUUUCAGGUUCAUCAAAUCUUUCUGGAAUGUUUAAUACACCCAAUUCACCAACCAAUAGUUCCACUCCACAAGUUCUUCAAUUUAUGUCACCAACCAGCAAGUUUUUAAUAAAGAGCCUCGAAUUUAACGAAAUUGACGAAUUAGAAAUCGCUAAACAAUUAACCAUAAUGGAAUAUGAUUAUUUCAAGAGAAUUAAGCCAAUCGAUUUAUUGACAUGUGUAGAUCUUAAACAUAAAACACCAAAUAUUACAAACAUCAUGGAAAGAUUUAAUAAUAUUUCUACAUGGGUAUCAACUACAGUUGUAAAUGCACAACACUUGAAGGGUCGUGUUAAAAUUAUGACAAAGUUUAUAAAGAUUGCAGAGCAUUUAAAAAAUUUAAACAAUUUCAACUCAUUAACUGCCAUCUUGGUCGCUAUUCAACGUUCCACUGUCACUCGUAAAGAAUUGGUCAAACAAACUGCUAAAACUUUUGCAGAUUUAGAAAAAAUCAUGUCAAGUGAUGAAGGCUAUAAAGCAUAUCGUCAACGUUUAGCUCAAUGUGUACCACCAUGUAUUCCAUAUGUUAGUGUUUAUCUUCAAGAUAUCAUGGAUUUAGAGAAAAAGAAUCCCUCAAAUAUUACAGUUCAAGUUACUCCAUUUAAAUCGAUCGAGUAUAUUAAUUUUACUCGUCGUUCAGUUAUAAGCAAAGUAAUUUUAGAUUUAGUUAAUAAUCAACGUUUUGGAUAUCCUAAUAUUACACCGAUUUCAACUAUUCAAGAGUAUUUAAAUGUACAUAUUGAUAGUGAUUGUAAUAAUUAG